CCCACGCUUGAGAGAAGUAAUGGGGAUGCAGACUGUUUACAUGCCACGGAGGUGAGAGAGAGGGUGGACAAACCCCAGAGAGCAAAGUGGAGACCAGAGUGAGCUUUACUCUGUCAUCCCUUCUUAGUGGUUCUUUGAUGAUUCCAUGACUUUCUCCUGGAAUUCUGGGCGUAUGUGACCUCUUCAUGGUUAUUAACUUAUUCAGAAAAGUCAGAUACUCGUAUUUCCCUUGCUCUCUGAAGUGAGUGCCCCAAACCUACACAUACACCUUCAUGUUACAGUUGAAGUGUAAAGAUUAGAGCAAAAAUGACUAUGUCUCUAAAAUGUAGUGAGGACUCUUCUUGUCUUUUAGUUUUCCCCAAGUCUUCAGUUUUUAUUUUCUGCGUGAUGGGAUGAAUGUGGGGGUAGCACACAGCGAAGUAAACCCCAACACUCGAGUGAUGAAUAGCCGAGGCAUCUGGCUGGCCUACAUCAUCUUGGUAGGAUUGCUGCAUGUGGUUCUACUCAGCAUCCCCUUCUUCAGCAUUCCUGUUGUCUGGACCCUGACCAACGUUAUCCAUAACCUGGCUAUGUAUGUCUUCCUUCAUACGGUGAAAGGGACACCCUUUGAGACUCCUGACCAAGGAAAGGCUCGGCUACUGACACACUGGGAGCAAAUGGACUAUGGGCUCCAGUUUACCUCUUCCCGCAAGUUCCUCAGCAUCUCUCCUAUUGUGCUAUAUCUCCUGGCCAGCUUCUAUACCAAGUAUGAUGCUGCACACUUCCUCAUCAACACAGCCUCAUUGCUAAGUGUACUGCUGCCGAAGUUGCCCCAGUUCCAUGGGGUUCGUGUCUUUGGCAUCAACAAAUACUGAGUGAUGGGGUUUGGGACAGCUCCAUGGGCAUGGGGAAGGCACUGAAACAGAGGACUAUAAAACAUCCUUCUCUUAUUCUCCAUACUGUCUUCUGCACUUUGAAAGACUGAGAACUAUACAACCUUUCCCAGACUCCCAAGAAGAGAAGAGAUUGGCAAAUGGGGCUCCUGGGCCCAGUCCUGCUAGUGGCAAGUUUCUUUGAAUCAGGAAGGCAGGUGAGGUAAGGGCCAAAUCACUCUCCUCCAUAGCAGGAAGCCAUUUGGGCAGCUCGUUUGGUGAUUACAUCUUUCCAUAUCUUUUA